AUGAGUGACUCUGGGGAAUAAAAAAAUAUUUAAUAAGAAUAACUAAAGUCUAAUGAAUAAAAUAAAACACCCAAGUAGCUUGUUUUAUAAAAUGAUUUAAAUCAUUAAACAUAAAUAAAACAAUAAAAUACCCAUCUAUCAUAUUACAUUUACAAUAAUCCUUAAAAAGAAGCUUAGUAGAAUGGAAACAUUUACAAUAAUCCUUAAAAAGAAUCUUAGUAGAAUGGGAACAUUUAAAAUGAAUCUUUAAAAGAUUCAGCUUCUUUUGAAUCUUCAGAUAUUAAAAAUUCUGACUUGAUGGAAUCAUCUUUGAAUUCAAAAUCUUUCCAAAAGUUUAAAAAGUUUCAUGAAAAGAAGCUAAAUGACAAGGUCCAUUAACUAUUGGAGUAGGAAAAGAAAUCUGAUAAAAGAAAGAGUGAAUUUUUGUUAAACAUUUUAGAUCAACAACAAUUUAAAUUUAUCAAAUCAAAGUCAAACUCUCUAGAACGUAGAGAAAGCACUACUACUAAUGAAGAAGCUUUUUAGACAUAAACAAAAGAGUAAAAUCUAAAUUCUACUUAGAAAAUGAAUAAAAAGCAAAGUAUUUUCUUCAAUAACACUAUGUCUAUAUCCCAAUUCAAUUCUAGCUUUGAAUCUAAUAAUAACAACAACAACAAUAAAUUAGAAAUGAUUAUAGAAAAUAAAGAUUUUGCAAAGGAUAAAAGUUAAUAAUUAUUAAGUAGCUUACCAGUAACUCCUAUUGCUUAAAAUAGAUAGCAGCAAGAUGAAAUAUAUGAAAAGUAAGCUUUUCCUUAAAUAAGAAAUUAAAAAGAAAAACUAGAAUUUAAAUAAUAGCUUGAUUCAAAUUAAAUGUUAAAUAUUAAGAAUAGAAAUUCAUUUAAGAGUUUUUAAAGUGGAAACUAAAAUGAAAAAUAUUCGAGCGGAAAUAAAAUUCAAAACUACCAAGGUACAGAUUUAACUCCAAAUAAUUUAAAUGAAAUUUAAAGAGUUAAAGAAAAUUAAGGGGCAAAUCACUAAAAACUGAAAAAUAUAUUGGAUAUCUCAAAAAUGUAAAGACCAUAAACACAAGCAAUGUUACUAGGAUAAAAUGAUAGCUAAUUUUUCAGCAACAAUAGAUAUAGAUAACUCAAUUAAUUAGAUUUGUCAGAAAAAAAUAUAAGCUUAGAUUCAUCGCAAAUAAAUAAAAAUAUAAAUCCUAAUUCCUAAAAUAAAAACUAAUCAAGUAUUAAUUAGUUCAAAGGAAUUUAGAACUAAUCUUAUAAUUAAAUAUCCCCAAAAGCUAACUUUGAGCAAAGUUAAACAGCUUUUCAUCAGUAAGAUAAAUUCUCAGAGAAAAAAAACUUAGGUAAAGAAAGUAAUUCACAACGCCAUGAUAUGUGCAAAAUUUCUUUUUAAGGAUAUGUGGGUGAUUUAAAGAGUUAAUAAAUAGAGUAAAAAGAAUAAAAUAAAAUUAAAAAAUAACAAUUUUUAGAAAAGAUUAACAACCGAGUUUGUUAUAGUAAAGCUAAUUAGCAAUCUAUCAACAGUGAAAAUCAAAAAUUUGAUUAACUUGACUACUAAGCAGAACAACUUAAAGAGUUAAUUGAUUCGUCUCCUGCUAAAAUUUGUUCAAAUAUAAAUAAUAUUUUGAGCUUUAAAAAAAAAUUUUUGAAAAUUCUAAAAUCCUAACCUGAUAUUCUUUAAAAAAAAUUAUUUGAUUUCAAACUGGAGAAAGAUAAAUAUAUUUAUUAAAAAUAAAAUUAAAACAACAGCAAGAUUGUAAAUAAGAAUCUUAAUUAGAAUAGCUUAAAUCUCACAAUUAAUAAAGAUUUAAAACAAAUUUAACCAAACCAAUCACAUUAAACGAGCUAAGAUCAAAAUUAAACUGAAGAUAACAAAUUAAAUUUUUCAACUAUGUAGGAUUCAAUUAAAGAAAAUAAUUCCAUCUUUGAAGAAAAUAGCUCUUUUUAAUAAACUAAAAAUAAAAAAUCACACAAAAUAUAGAGCCCGAUAGAUUCUAUUUUGCUUUUUAUCAAGCAACAAAAAUCAUAAUAGAAACAAAUUAUUCAUACUGAAUAGUAAUCUUUUGAAAGAUAUAGAUAAGAUUCAAUCUUUUCGAAUUUUAACUAAACUAGUUCAGAAUUAAAAAAUAGCUUUUUUUAAUCACCUAAGAUAAACUUUAGCGAUUAAUGCUCUAGUAAGUAAGAUAAAAGUAAUAUAACAACAAAAAUAGUAGACAUUAUUGAUAAAAGUACAAUUAGUAAUGUAGAGUUAUUUCAAGAUUUGUCAAUUAAACCUGAAGCAGGAUUUGUCAAAAAAUUGAGUAUAUCAAGCUAAAAGUAACCUCCAAAUAAUAAUAAAUUGCUAUAGAAAACCUUUUAAAAUUAAAUAUCAGAUUCAAAACAUAAAUAUAAUUAAUUUAAAUCAUAGCAAUUUAUAACUCCCAACAAUAAAACUUAAAGCAGCAAAGUAUAUUAGAACUUUGAUUUCAAAACUUUUUAAACUGAAAGAUUAUCUCAAAAAACUUAAGAAAAGCAAAGCCAGGUUAAUUUAAAAAUUUAAUCUUCUUAAGAAAAGAAUAUACAUCAAUUAACAAAUAUUAACUUUUCUGUCAACCAAUAAACUGGUAAGGCAGAUGAUUCUAAUUAUGUUAUUAGCUCUACAUUGACAUUGAGAAAACCUAUAAGUUAAAGAAUUAAAGAAAAGCAAAUUAAAUAGAAAGGAAAUUCAUUGGCAAUUUAAACUAAUUAUAACCCAUCAAAAACUUUUACGAAAAGCAAAGAUUCAUCAAAUUUUUAAGAAGAUAUUUCCUUUAAGCAAUAAACUACCAAAAGCAGUUAAAAUUUCUUUUCCAUUUAAAAUUUUUAUUCAAAUAACUCUCCAAAAAUUCAAGAUUCUGUUUACCAUUUCUAGAAAAUUGCUCCAUCAAAAAAAGUCAAAAAGAAUUUUUUCUUAAAUUCUUGA